GUCUUGUGUUUAUGACAAAAGCUGGUAUUGCAACGUGCACUGCAAAGGGUCAUCCUAAACCAUAUUUAGUAAGAAUUUACAAACAUGGAAAAAUAAUGCAUACCGGAGAACUUAAAGCAUCUGUGAAAAUUAAUGGAAGCAUUUGUCAAUCUGGCAUCACAUGCUAUGGCGAGAAUGGUAAAGCUAAUGCGACAGAACCAUUGGAGAAAUGUAACACAGUCAAUAAAAUAGAUCUUAGUCUUGUGUUUGGAUCAGAUAAUGGUAUUGCAACGUGCAUUGCAAAAGGUCAUCCAAAGCCAUCUUCUGUAAAAAUUUACAAAGAUCGAACAAUAAUGAAGAUAGGAAAACACAGAGCAUCUGUGAAAAUUAAUGAAGAUAUUUGUCAAUCGAACAUCACCUGUUAUGCAGAAAAUGGUAAAAUGAAUGUAACUGAACCAAUGGGGAAAUGUAACACAGGUCUUUCAAAUUCACAACCAAUAUUAACCCAGGCAGUGCUUAUUGCAACAGUAGCUAAAGCAAUCAUACUUGGCUCUGUUGCAACAUAUCUAAUAUAUCGCUACAUACAUAAAAAGAAAAGUUCAGAACUGACAAGACUUCAGUUGCAGAACAUCAGUAUCAAGCAAUGACAAAUAUGCGUACAAGAGGAAUUUCUUACGCUGAUGAUGAUGGUGACACAAGGAAAAUAUCUACUGCAAAUAAAUCUUGCUCAAUGCUGAUGUCAUUUACGAAAACUUCAUGAUUUUUCACUGGUGCUUUAAUAAGCCAAUCCACAGUUAAAACUGCGCAUGCUCGUAUAGAAGUCAAUCGACACAAACAUCAUACACACAACGUAAUGUUUAUGUUCGAUUGAUGUCAAAUGAUUUUGGAUAAAAGUGUGCGUAGUUCUAACUUCGAAUUUUACUCUGAUGUUUUACAAGGAUGUAAAGUCUGAUUUAUUGUAAGCAUUGCUUUUUGCUUUCCACACAUGCCUUCAACACAAUCAAAGCUAAAUAGGCUGAUUAGAAUAUAUACAAUAAAUGACAACUAAUUAUUGAGAUGUUUUAAAAACAAAUUUGAAAAGUAUCUAAUAGGAAAAGGUUUGAAAUAGUAGAAAAGUAGAAAAAGGUAGGCUGUACACCAAAUCACAAAUCGAAGCCAACGAUAGAUUAAAAAGAACUAAUUAAAAGAUUAAUUACAGCAUAAACACUAAAAUUAAGAAUUUAUAGCGUCCGAAACACCAUCAACCACAAGGAAUGCAAAACAAAAAAAAAGAUAUAUUAUUUAACAAUAAGAAAUCAUUUUGUGUGCGAUAUUUUGUAUUUUUUAUAAAAUGUUCAACGGAGUUUAAGGGUUGCCUUUUUGCGUUAUUGUUUUGCAGGUUCAGCACUGAGGAAAGUGGGCGCUCACC